GCUAUUUUCGCUCUUGUCCCCGAUUAUCACAUGUUCCAUAUAAACAACAUGGCGGCCUCCAUACGCCGUCUCACAUCUGCAGGGCGAUACCAGCUACAAACUAAUUUACUGAAGACACAUUUCUUUAAUGGGCUUAAUGGCACCAGACCGAGACUGCUGGCCACCCAGGCCGCUCCGGUGGCGCUGAAUGUUCCAGAAACCAAAGUGACCACUUUAGAGAACGGACUCCGAGUGGCGUCAGAGGACUCGGGCCUCUCGACCUGCACGGUGGGCCUGUGGAUAGAUGCUGGCAGUCGCUAUGAGAAUGAAAGAAAUAAUGGCACAGCACACUUCCUGGAGCAUAUGGCAUUUAAGGGCACAAGGAAACGUUCUCAACUGGAUCUUGAGUUGGAGAUUGAGAACAUGGGUGCUCAUCUGAAUGCCUACACAUCACGGGAGCAGACUGUCUACUACGCCAAGGCUUUCUCCAAGGAUCUUCCCAGAGCUGUUGAGAUCCUGGCUGACAUCAUCCAGAACAGCACGUUAGGUGAGGCAGAGAUCGAGAGGGAGCGAGGGGUGAUCCUGAGGGAGAUGCAGGAAGUGGAGACCAAUCUGCAGGAAGUAGUCUUUGAUUACCUGCAUGCUACAGCAUACCAGUCCACAGCGCUGGGAAGGACCAUCCUGGGUCCCACCGAGAACAUCAAAACAAUCAACAGAGGAGAUCUGGUUGAGUACAUCACAACUCAUUACAAGGGGCCCAGGAUAGUUCUGUCUGCAGCUGGAGGAGUUUGUCAAGAUGAGCUCAUCAAUUUGGCUAAGUAUCACUUUGGAAAACUUCCUGGCAGAUAUCGAGGUGAAGCCCCAGCAGUUCCUGCCUGUCACUUCACCGGCAGUGAGAUCCGUGUGCGUGAUGACAAAAUGCCUCUGGCUCACAUAGCGAUUGCUGUUGAGGCAGUUGGAUGGUCUCAUCCUGACACCAUCCCCCUGAUGGUGGCCAACACGCUUAUUGGGAACUGGGACCGCUCAUUUGGUGGAGGUGUGAAUCUGUCCAGUAAACUGGCUCAGAUGGCCUGCCAGGGAAACCUGUGCCACAGCUUCCAGUCCUUCAACACCUGCUACACAGACACCGGCCUGUGGGGACUGUACAUGGUGUGUGAGCCCGGCACCAUCAACGACAUGAUGAACUACACUCAGAUGGAAUGGAUGUCUCUUUGUACGAGCCUGACAGAAAGUGAGGUGGCUCGGGCCAAGAAUCUGCUCAAGACCAACAUGCUGUUGCAUCUUGAUGGAUCCACCCCGAUCUGUGAGGACAUCGGGAGACAGAUGUUGUGCUACAAUCGCAGGAUCCCUCUGCAUGAACUGGAGGCUCGAAUUGACGCCAUCGAUGCCAACACCAUCAAGGAUGUUUGCACCAAAUACAUUUACAACCAGUCUCCUGCCAUUGCAGCCGUUGGUCCAAUUAAGCAACUGCCAGACUACGACCAGAUCCGCAGUGGGAUGUUCUGGAUCAGAACCUGAAAACCAGUCUGAGGAACUCUCUAUUGUACAGUAUUAAAAACAAACAAUUUGGAAUAUGGUCUCCAAGCUUUUAUUAAAAAAUAAAGAUCAUAACAUUAAAAUAACAAACAUACUA